GGCAUUUGGCGGCGAGCUGGGCUAGUUUGUGCUGCAAGCCGUGCAAGGACCGGCUUACUUUGUCGGGCAACUAUGACAACACAACCAGCAACAAAUGUAAAGCCCACCUUGCGCGGUGUAGUCUUCGACAUGGAUGGAACGUUACUUAAGCCCGUAAUUGACUUUGCGGAGAUGCGGCGGCGCGUGGGCUUGACUCCUGAGAUGGGUGAUAUCCUUGACACAAUCAACCAGUGGCCGGAGGAGCGGCGGGCGCAGGCGUACGCAACCAUCGCAGAGAUUGAGGAGCAGGCCCUCAAGGACAUGUCAGUAAUGCCGGGGGCGCAUGAACUGUGCGCCUUCCUGGACCGCAGCGGGUUGCCCAGGGGCCUCAUCACACGCAACGUGCGGCACAGUGUGCACUACUUCCACGAGUUCCUGGGGUUGCAGCCCUUCCAGCCCGCCAUCACCCGGGAGUGCGAGUUCCCGUACAAGCCCAGCCCGGCGGCCCUGCAGCACAUCGCGCAGUCGUGGGGCGUGCUGCCAGGCGAGGUGAUGAUGGUGGGCGACUCGAUCAAGGACGACAUUGUGAGCGGCAACCGUGCGGGCUCCCUGACGGUGUAUCUGGACAACGGCGGAGCGGGCGGCCCUCCCGCGCACACACCGGACAGCUUCAGCGGCGAGCAGCGGCCCACACACGUGGUGUCGAGUCUGGCGGACCUUCAGGCGCUCAUAGAGCGGGACUACGCACUGGUGGCGCCGCCGGGCAUGGAGGUGACCGCGGCAUAGUGCCGCCGGCAUCGUGGGUUGUGGUACCGGUGUUAAAGUGCACGAAGGAAAACAAAGCGCAAAGAUGUGUGUUGUGUUCGAUGACACAUAUGAAGAAGACUAUACGCUAUACAUAUGUGUAUGGACCGGGGGACUUGAGUGGAAUGAACAGGUUGGCUUGGCGGAGUAUAAAGGCACGCGGCGGGUGGGCGGCAGCCAGAUGAGAGGCGAGGGAGUGCGACCCGUGGCAGUAACUGGAUGUCUGAGCUCAGACGACAAUGGUAGUCGUCGGCUGGCACACCGCGGCAGUUCCGGGCAGUGUGGGCCCCAAGGCGUAACGCAUAUCUUGGCUGCCAAGCUCCGUCACCUCACUCGAUGCUCGUCAUAAGUAUGCACCUCAGAACGCUACCGACAUUUGCUGGUACGUGUACACCUAAUCUCGAGCCACCCCCCCCCCCUUAUAGACGUUCCAGGUCCGUCUUGUCAGGUGUACCAAUGUAACCUUGCAGCGCA